CCCGAUUCGGCCCUGUUCUGUGCAGAGACCCACGACCAGUACAGAAGAGACUGGGGUUCUAGUGCAACUAGAUGGCGGUUGUACCCGCUCGAAAGCCAGUCUGGGGAAGUCCUCCUGCCUGAAGAGGUCUCCAAGUCCAAGUCCCGACGCCUCCACUCUUACCACACCGGCCUGUUCUGCUCUAGCGCAGCUUCAAGCCCAUCGGGGAACGUGCUGGCACUGGAUUCCAGCCUUACUCUCGUGGCUGUCAAGGCCAGCGAGGCGACGGUUGCAACCAACUAUGUGGUCAGAGGAUUUCCAAGACCCUACUCGAUACGUUUUGUCGCGGAGGCAAACGGAUUAUCCCAUUUCGUUUGCUCCCAUUUCGGCAUUUUUCGUUGUCUCUGCCAUCUAGCAACGAACUUGGCUCACAUGUCAAUCGAAAUCUCAGGAGAGCAUCUCAUUCACGUUUCUCAGACUGACAACGCCGUUGUGACGGAGCUUUUGUUUCUCCUACAGCAAGUGUCUGGGCCUAGUAGGCCCGAAUCGAACGCGAACGGGGAGAAACAGCACCUCUUUAGCGCAGGCAUUGUGCCGGAUUGCCCCUGCUCAAGUCCCAAGCGAACUUUGGUC